ACUUGUGCUGCUGCGUCGAAUGAGGAGACUUAUUUGUGGUGACAGAAAUUGUAAAAGACAGUUUAGGAAAACAACAGGCUAGUUCGUGUCUUUAUUAGUCCAUCUGAAAGACGACGAAUUAUUUUGUCAGAUAUCCCAAACAGAAACAAUUUAAAGUUGAAGUGUGUGCCACAUUUGAUUCCUUAGAAACCGACACAAAAGUUGUUAUGGCUUCAAAUUCCGACAAUAACAACCAAGUGAGUAGGCCUAUUAAAAGAGAGAUAAGAGAUUUAGAAGCCUUAAAUCCCGAAAAUAUGAGAGAAUUUUCAAUUUCACGAAUUUUGGGAACCUUGGAAUUGAUGAAUCGGUCUUUAGAAAGAAUGGCGAAGAGAGUCAAAGCUUUGGAAGAGGAGCGAAAAAUUGCUAUAGCAGCUUCGCCAUUGCCGAUGAUGUUCACUUCGGGAAUAUCUAUAACAACACCAGGAAGCGGCUCUCUAUCAUCACCUCACGAGAACUUUACCCAACCAGAUUUUUUGGUUAGUUCAACACCAGAGCAGCAAAGAGGCGUCCAAUUGGCAGUGGACAGAUUGGAUCGUUGGUCGGGAGAUUUACAGGAGAUAUCCUGGUCCCAAUACAAGGAAAGUUUUCAAAGAGUAUGUUCAACAUUGUCUGAACAAACGAGAUUAAUUGUACUCAACCAUGUCCUGGACAGUCCAGCCAAGUCCAUCUUUUCAUACCUUCUUCAAUAUGAUCAGUUGACUUGGCAGCAACUAAAUACCGCAUUUACGAGGGAAUUUGACGGCGAAAGGAGAAGGGAGGCUCAACAAAUGAUUAUUUUCUCCGAGAUAUGGGACUCGAAUUAUGAAAGACUGCAUCAAUUUGCAAAACGUAUUAGCAAUUUGGUAGAUCAGGCUUUUCCUCCGCAGCAACGUGACUUCAUUAAAAUUCAGCAAGUAAUUCGAGCAGCUCAAAGUUAUCCAAUUUUUCAAGGAAGAAACGAGUGGAUAAGGAAUUUAUCGUGGAGCGCUUUUCUGGACGUUAUUACAGAAGGCGAGGAGAUAUAUCGCUCCAGACAACGAUCUAUGCCGAUUAAUUCUAUCAAGAGCGAAUGUUCCUAGUGCUUGUUUUUAAAAACUGUUUCAAGAUUAUAUAUUUUCAGCGUAUUAUGUAUAUUAUUUAUUUACAAUGAAUAGUCUAACAGUUUACGCAAUUCGAACAAAAUAUUUAAUCAUUAGAAAUAAAUAUAUUCAAGCACCGGGGUAUUUAUUGUUGUACGUCGAUUAUCUCAAACAUCUAGUUAAGUCUUACUCUUGUCUAUUGUUCAAAACUAGUCUCAAACCGAUUAUAAUCAAUUAUAGCGUUUUUCUUACUUAAACAAUUACAACUAUAAACACCUGUAUGCUCUUGAAGAUAGAUAAAGAAUUGAGGAUGAAUGACGAAUCAUUGUGAUUUUGUGAUUUUUUUCUUGUACAAACUUAUACCCAGAAUAAUUGAAAGAAUAAAAUAUGCAAUUACACCGUUUUUCUCAAACCAUUCGUUCAUCAUUAGAUACUUUCUACACUAUUGUGCGUUUAUAGUAUU